AUGUUCUCGUCCGCGGGAAAGCGCUGCUUCACCAUCGAGUCUUUGGUGGCCAAAGACAGUCCGCUGGUGGCAGAGGAGCCGCUGAGGCCCACGGCGCUCUCGUACCCUUCUCAACCCGGGGCAGAGGCGCUCAUGGGGGGCUAUCAGCACCCUGCCCCGGCCCGGCCACUGUACCAGAGCCCAGAGCUGCUGUUCCCGGAGUCCGCAGCGCAUCACCUCAGUGUGGGGCCGCAUCAGCACCUGCAGCACCCGCACUUCUUCAGCUCCCAGCACCGCGACCCGCUGCACUUCUACCCCUGGGUCCUGCGCAACCGCUUCUUUGGACACCGCUUUCAAGGCAGUGAAAUGUCCCAGGACAGUCUGCUACUCCACGGGCCGUUCGCACGGAAGCCGAAGCGCAUCCGCACGGCCUUCUCGCCCUCGCAGUUGUUGCGCCUGGAGCGCGCCUUCGACAAGAAUCACUACGUGGUGGGAGCGGAGCGGAAGCAACUGGCGAACAGCCUGAGCCUGUCCGAGACCCAGGUGAAAGUGUGGUUCCAGAACAGACGGACCAAAUACAAGCGUCAGAAACUGGAGGAGGAGGGACCCGAGAGCCAGCAGAAGAAGAAAGGAAACCACCAUAUUAACAGAUGGCGCAUGGCUACCAAACAGUCCAGCUCAGACGACAUCGAUGUCACUUCUGAGGACUAA